AUAAUUACCACCGCCAAAGACAAGGUCUAUUUGUUUAUGCAAGGGAAAAUUUAACUUCUCAAAAAAAAAUCUAAUCGUUCUCCAGACAUUCUAUUUUACAUAAUUUUUACAGCUUUUCUUCUCUCUACUAUAAUUGCAUUGGAUCCUCUUUGCGGCUGAGGUUUCCAACAGAAUUCCCAUUCCAUUAGUUUUGCUGCGAACUUUUGUUCCGCCCUAAGGCAACGGGAAAAACGAGAAAAUAGGAUGAAUAAAAAACUCUUCCUCGCUUUGGAAAGUGGUGGUGUUCGAACCUUCCAAGAUUUUCACCGGCAGUUCUCACAUGUUCUGGAUGACCGUACAUUCGAAGGAGAUAGUGCUCUUCAUUGUGCUGCAAGGGAGGGCCAUCAACAUAUUGCUGAGUGGAUCCUUCAAAUGAAACCCUCUUUGGCUGGAGCUCGGAAUAAUGAUGAUAAUACGCCACUGCAGGAGGCUGCUAAAAGUGGUAAUCGAGAUCUCGUCGAUAUUCUACUUCGUCACAAUGGGAGUUGUGCCUGGCAGUGCAAUAUGUUUGGAGAGACAGCUCUAACAAUAGCUGCUAGGUAUGGCCACGUGCAAACAGUUAGAUCUUUGUUGGAAGCAAUGCCGUAUAAUGAUACUACCGAAACCCAUCAAUCUCUUAGGGAGGCAACUUACUGGGAAGAUACAGUUGCGAUCUGCCAUCUGCAUGCAGCCGUGCAUGGAGGAAAGCUAGAGGUUGUAGUUGCAAUACUGAAUGAUCGUGCUUGGCGUAACGAGUUAAUGAUAGAGAAGGAUAAGUCUGGAAGAUGCGCAGUUCAUGUAGCAGCCAUGAAAGGCCACUGGAACAUAAUAAGUGAAUUUAUCUCCUUAAUGCCAGACUGUAUUGAAAUCCGUAGUUUAGAUCAUAAAUCUGUUCUGCAUUUUGCAGUGGAAUAUAAUCAAUUUGUGGUAGUGAAGAAUCUUCUAAAAGGGAAAAAGGACAAAAAAAUAGCGCAAUGGGUAAGCCGCGACCAUGACCUCAUUGAUCACAAUACAGCGCUACAUUUGGCAGCGAAAAAUGCAGUGGAUCCCCAGAUAGUGGAGCACCUUGUCUCAUUACCUGGUCUAGACAUCACUGCCCUGAACAGUGAAGGCAUGACUGCACUUGACAUAGCUUCAAAAGCUGUCCAAGAUAACCCUAAUUCUGCCAUCAUUGUAAAGCUUCUGAAGCCCAAACGGAAAUGGCAGCAAGGGAUAGACAAAGAUAUGAUAAAUACACACAUGGUGGUGGCAUCGCUGAUUGCCACCGUCACAUUUGCAGCCAUCUUCCAAAUCCCGGGGGGAAUUGAGGAUGACAAAGAAAGUGUACACUAUGGAGCUGCCAGGCUGGGAUUUGCUAAACUUUUCAGACUGUUCAUCUUCUCUGACACUGCGGCCUUCAUCACUUCCCUUUCAGUGGUUGUUGAGUGGUUAGUACAACAGAAGUUUCAGAACACUUAUCUGGCAUGGUUAGAUACAUAUAUGCUGUCCGAUAUGUCUGGGGUGACCUUGCUAAUUGCAAUCUUGUGGACAACAAUUGCAUUUAUGAGUGCCAUCAUUAUCGUCAUCAUACCCUAUAAUUUUGAGAGCUUGAAAAGCAAGCAUGGAGAUGUUUUCUCAAAAUAUAAAUUGCUUUUGGAAUACGAAAUCUUUCUUGCACUCAUCACAUCAUAUUUGGUUGCCAGCACGCUUGCUUUCGUAUUUCAAAUGUUUACAAAGAAACUGAAAGUUGCCCGUAAUCCCAGCCGAGGCGUGUUUUUUCAUUUGUGUAUGAUCACGAUUUUCAUUCUUAUAUGUACUUUUAAAUGAGCGAAAUAUUUUGUUCGUUCUAUGCUACUCUAAAUAUUGUUUCCAUAUAAUAUUAUGCAGUAAUUUGGGGACCAAUUGGAGCAUAUGCAUAGAUUGUCUGUAAAGAGGAGAGGAACUGCUUGUGUGUGUUGAAUUUAUCUGGAUAUACUGUCAAACGAUCCAAUUUA